UGGGAAGGUUUUUUUUCUUCGUAAGAUAGAGUGGGUCAGAAGGUGAUUAGAGUCCAGUACCGAAAUUGUAAUCGGCCCAGGUUGGUGGUGUAGUCAUUUUACUUUUCAGUCCUUUCCCAUCCCAUCUCGCAUCUGUGAGAGAGUUCGAGGUAGCUACCGGAGAGAAACACACAGAGAUCGCAAUCAACAACACAUAACAGCACGACAGAGAAUAAUAGAAUCGUGAAUCGUUUGCAGAAGAAGAGGUAAAGGAAUCGAGAAGAGGAGUCAUCGAAGCCAAAGAUGUUACCCACAGCUUCCAAAGGACGUUCUUCUUCUUCCUCUUCUUCCUCUCGACCUAAUAAUCCCAUGCUGCUUCCCUACCUCCGCAGAAUCAUCAAGUGGCAACAAAUGGAUAUUGAAUACACCUUUUGGCAAAUGCUUCAUCUAUGUACGUCACCGAAAGUUGUCUAUCAGCAUACUAAAUAUCACAAACAAACCAAGAAUCAAUGGGCACGUGAUGACCCUGCAUUUGUUGUGAUCUGCAGUCUUCUUUUGGCAGUUGCAACUUUGGCUUAUUGUGCUGCGUAUGACCAUAGUACUGCCCAUACACUUCUUGUUAUCUUCUCAGUGUUGUUUUUCCACUUUGUACUGACAGGUGUAUUUCUGGCAACUUUUUGUUGGUUCCUGACUAACUCUUAUCUUCGAGAAGAGGCUCCAAAUAGCUAUGUGGUUGAACAACGUGUUGAAUGGAUGUAUGCAUUUGAUGUACACUGCAACUCUUUCUUCCCAUUGUUUGUUUUGCUCUAUGUGAUCCAUUAUUUUGUAUCUCCUCUAUUGUUGGCUCAUGGUUUCAUUCCAGUAUUGCUCUCAAAUCUUCUAUUCAUGGUGGGAGCUUCAUACUAUCAUUAUCUAAAUUUCCUAGGUUAUGAUGUUCUGCCUUUUUUGGAGAGGACCACCUUUUUCCUGUACCCCAUUGGCAUCGUAAUUGUCCUUUCUCCUAUUUUGAUUUUAAGUGGUUUCAAUCCAUCUAGAUACUUUAUGAACAUGUACUUCAGUCGACAAAUAUGAUCGUUCCAGCUAGAACUUUUGACCUAUCGGUGUCCUUGAGGUUAUAGAGUAUUCGGAAAACUAUCACAUGAGAAGGCUUUGAUGAAUGUUUGAUUGUUUGUUUGAAGAAUGCAUUGGCCCAGCAAUGUCUCAUUUUAGGCCUUCUAAUACUACUACCAAUCAAAGUUGGACUGUAGCAAGUCAGGGUAGUCAGUGUAUUUUUUACAGUUAUUAGAUAGAAUAUUUGUUCAAAUGAAUAUACUCAUUGUAAUGAAUUUUCUUUGUCAAUCCGGUAGCUUUCCUCCCGACAAAGAACAAUUUAUAUUGAUAUAUUCUUUGAUGAGGUUAGAUACUUAAAUGAAAGGUCUUCCCAUUAGCUCGUCACAUAAGGAGUCAUUGUUAACUUUUAGUUUCAUUAGAAGCCACUCGAGCCAGGUACCAGUAAGAGUUAGGGAGGAGCUGAUCAAAGCCGGGGAGGGAGCAUUUUGUAUGUAUGAUAUUUGCUGGUUAUGUAUGUUAUCUGACUGAAUAUUGCUUCA